AGUGCAGAAUAGUUUUCGUGACAGUAGUCUCCAUCUAGACACAUACUAGCCUGGCUUGUAUUGCCCAUACACAGUCAAAUCUUUUAAUGUGUUUGAUAUCAUGAAGAGGGAGAAAAUUCUUUCAUUUUCAUCUUGAUUCUUAUCCAAAAUUCAAUUGUGCGUUUGUGUGAUUUCGUUUUCAUUAAUCCAGUUUUUACCGAUUUUAAGGGAAAUAUUGAUUGAUUGAUUGAACAUCGCAGGAAGUCAAAAACUUUUCAGCUGGAAAAUGGUUCUUGUAGAGAAUGCUUUACACCCGGUUGAUUACGCUGUGAUCGUCGUCCAUUUCCUCAUCGUACUCGCUCUCGGGAUCUGGUCGGCAUGGAAGUCAAACCGGAGUACAACCAGUGGUUACUUCUUAGCAGGUCGAGAUAUGGCAUGGUGGCUGGUGGGCCUAUCUCUGUAUGUGAGUAACAUCGGUAGUGGAUCGUUUAUUGGUCUUGGGGGAACCGCUGCCGUGUCGGGUUAUGCCGUAGUUUCUUACGAAUUCCACGGUCUGUUUUCUCUUCUUAUAUUGGGUUUCAUCUUCACUCCGAUCUACAUAUCAUCAGGGGUAACUACAGUUCCGGAGUAUCUUCAGAUUCGAUUUGGAGGUCAAAGGUUACGUCUUCUCCUUGCUGUUGUUUCUAUCAUUUUUAUUGUCCUCACAAACCUUUCGGCUGAAAUGUACGCUGGUACAGUGAUCAUUCAACAAUCUUUAGGAUGGAAUCUUUAUCUAUGUGUCGUAUUGAUUCUUGCUAUGACUGGUGUAUAUACUGUAGCUGGAGGUUUGACCGCUGUUAUCUAUACUGAUGCUUUACAAUCGGUCAUUAUGGUCACAGGUGGAAUGAUUCUAUUUAUCAUAGCUAUCAUUCGCAUUGGCGGAUUUGAUGCUCUUCGGCUAGCCUAUAUGACAGCCAUACCCAACGAUACUCAGUUAAAUCCUAAUACAACAUGUGGAAUACCCCAAGAGACUGCCUGGCAUAUCUUUCGUCCAGCUGAUGAUAGUGAUCUUCCAUGGCCUGGAGUUGUCUUUGGUAUCUUUCUUCUAUCCAUACAUUACUUUUGUACCAAUCAGGUGUUGGUCCAACGUUCAUUGUCUGCUAGGAAUUUAACACACUCUAAAGCUGGAUCCAUUCUAGCAGCUUCUCUCAAGGUUUUACCAAUGAUUCUUAUGAUCUUCCCUGGGAUGAUCAGUAGAGCUAUGUGGCCAGAUGAAGUAGCAUGUCAGGAUUCAGAUAAAUGUAUGGAGAUAUGUGACAACCCAAACGGAUGUUCAAACAUUGCUUAUCCUCUUCUUGUUCUGAGAUGGAUGCCUGUAGGUCUGAGGGGUUUGAUGUUGGCUGCCAUGUUAGCCGCUCUGAUGAGUUCAUUGACCUCUGUAUUUAACAGUCUUAGUACACUCUUUACUAUUGAUAUCUGGAAUAAAAUCCGACCAUACUCUACUGAGCUUGAGCUUCUCAUCGUCGGAAGGUUAUGUACUCUUGUUCUUGCUGCUGUGAGUGUAUUAUGGCUACCUCUCAUCGAAGCAUUCGGUUCUGGUGAAUUAUUCGUCUAUAUUCAAUCAAUGACGUCAUACCUAUCUCCACCAAUCUUCGCCAUCUAUUCAGUUGGAAUGUUCUGGAGUCGUACCAAUGAACAGGGUGCAUUCUGGGGUCUUGUAUUUGGUGAGGCUACUGGUCUAACUCGUAUGGUCCUGGACUACAUCUACUCAGCACCAGGAUGCGGUAACGAGGAUACUAGACCAGCGAUGAUAAAAAACUUUCAUUUUCUACACUUUGCUUGUUUUCUGUAUGGCGCCACAGUUCUAGCUGUGGUGGUUGUUAGUCUACUUACUCCUGCUAUCGCUCCAGCCAAGUUGAUAGGUCUGACUUACUGGACGCGAAACAGCAAAGCACCGAGAGAGCCAAUGUCAGAGGAAGAGGAGCUGAAAAAUGAAGAACGACAGAAGAUUAAAAAACAAAGAGAAAUUGAAAAUUAUAAGGGGCGUGAUGAAAAUCCCUCAUUUGGUCGUCGAACAUGGAAUCUACUGUGUGGUAUUACAGACGCUCCUCCAGCUCCAGAGCUUACUGAAGAAGAGAAGCAAGAAGAGAAAAGAAAACUGACGUCAUUAGAUGAAGACCCGUUCUGGUCACGUGUUGCUAUGGUUGCGAUGAUCGUCUGUAUGGCUUUUGGUGUCUUCGUUACCGCAUUCUUUGCCUAAUUCACUCAAGAAAUCAUUAAUGUUCUUAAUCUCACGAUUUUCCACACUUUCUUCAUAAUGUAAUUUCUUAUUCUCUUGCAUUGUUCGUCCUUCUGUUCCCCUCUUUUCAAAAUAAUUUCUUUUUUGUUUUGUUUCUUGUCUCUUUCAACCCAGUACCGUGUUCAAAUAUGCAACAAAUUAAAAAUCGUUUUUAUGUAGUUCUAGUUCUGCAACGUUGUUUUCUUUAUGCAAGCGCGAUAUCCGAUAUCAUAUCAUAACAUGCGCUUAAGGACGUUCCACAGUUAUGUUUGUGCGCAUUAUGAUCUGCGCAUAGUUUACACUCUGCGCGCUGACGUCACAAGGGAUGAACAGGUGAUUAAUUAGCUGCGGGUAUGAGCUGAUUUUUCUCAUCUUUUGCACUUUAACUGCAGAUCCGAUGCGUUAUUUCAUGAAGCUAAAUAAGGGAAUUAUUUCAUGGACCAUUAAAAAAAAAUUCUCUACAAUUUCAAAAUACUUUACUCUGCAGUACUACCAAGAAUCACGAAUAUUACCCCGAGUUUAAAUAAAAUGGUAGAGUGGUUUUGAUUUUUUCUUCACAUAGAUACAAAGCAUUCGACGCAAUUUUGGUGUUUUAAAAAGCACAUUUGCUCUAAUAAAAGUGCUGAUAGUUUAAAAACAAGCACAUGAACCCCCAUGUUUUAAUGUUUGUACCUCUUAGGUAUACUUUCCUCUACAACUCUGCAAAUUUUGGUGAAAAUGACAUGGAUUUUGAAUAAAGUGCAGCAUUUAUUGUACGUUUGUAGUUUGUUACUGAAAGUUUACAUUUUUUAGAUUGGGAUUUUGUUAUCUUUUACGCCAUUCUUAAGAACUGACAGUGCUGUUAAACUUACAAUUGCAAACAAAUAGCACUAUAAAUAGAUUCUCCAUUCUAACGAUACAAUUAUUAACUCUCUUGCAAAAUUUGAUGACUUUUUCAUGUAUUUUGACUGAGUAAUAGAGGUUUAAACUCAUUGUAGUAAUCUUGGGCGGUCUAAAAAUGCUAAAUUCUUUUAAAUGCGCAAUUCUUAAGAACAUCAAUUUGGGUGAACUUUGAAGCUCUAUAGCAAAAAAUCAAGCACAUGGACCUAUGUUAAUUUUUGCAUAUUUCGAAUAUUAAGGUUCUAAAGUAUCUAUGUGCAAAGUUUGGUGAAAAUGACAUGGAUUUCACUUUAACUGUUGAACGUCCUUAAUAUAAAGCUUGCAGUUAGUGAUUGAUUGCGUAUUUCUAAAAUUAGAAUUCAAUUUCUUUUCUGUCCAAUGACACGAAAAAUUAGACCAUAUUCAACAUCUUUGACUUUUUAUGCGAAUUCAACUCAAGACCUCAUGACAAAUAAUAUAGGUGUAUGUGUCAAAAUGGAGCUGUUUGAUAAUAAAUCAAAUGUUGUCAUGGUUUCAUAUUCUCUACAUUCGGCAUAAUUCCUCGAACGCUUUUUUUGUCAAGGCUGAGUUAAUAUUUGGCUUCAUGACUGAGCUCAUGUGGAGUGUAUUAUAGCCAUGAAUUCAAAUAUAAGUAUCGCGGAGAAAAAAGGAAGCGAUUGUUUAAACAUUUGCACUUGUGCAUUUGCGUGAAUUUGUUGUAGUUCCUUAAAUGUUAUUUUUUCUUUUUAGAUAAAUGUAAGGGCAGAUACUAAGUGAAGAGAGAAAAUUAUUAAAUAGUGAAAAUAAGAAGCAAAACCCGAUGUGGUCUUUUAUAUUUCCAUAUGAAAUAAUCAUGACAAUAUAUUUCAAAGAUGGAGCUUAUAAAUUGGUAGCAAGAACAGACAAUUUACACCAUAGUGUCAUCCUCUUUUCUUCUCUUUUUAUCAAUGUUUAUUGCUUUUCACAAAACAUCAACGAAUUACAAAACUGCUUUUUGCUUAGGAUAUCACACAGUAAACAUGGUAAAUGGUUACAAAAUUGCGAAUUGGUUGACUUUUGGUUGAUUGUGUAUAAGAUUUGUUUGCUUUUAUCAAUGCUAUUUUAAUUUUUUUGGCGACAAUGAUUACCAGAUACAUGUAUACUAAAUCAUCUAUCAACCAUUGAUUAACUACAUGAUUUGCACAUUCCGUAAGAAAAACAUGCGUCAUGAAUGAAAAAAAGUAUUCGUCUAUUUACAAAUUUGGUUGUCGCUUGCUCACUUGAAAUUAAGAAUCUGUGUUUUUUUUCAGUGGUGGUAAAAAAGUUUGCAACAUAUGAAUAUUGUGUCCCGUUGGAAUUUUCCCUAUUUGUAUUUCAUUUGAAAUAUAAUUUGGGGCCAUUUCAGAAUCUAGGUUUGAUCCUGUAAUUUCUUUCUGCAGGACAAAAAAUAAUUCUCAACAUAUUUUUUGAAUAUUGAUCUAAUAUUAUUUGUAUAGUUAUGUUAGAUUUAGAGUACACACCCAAACACAAAUCAUAUUGAUUGUGAUUAUAUUUCUUGAGAUAAGUUUACUGAUUUUAUGUCUCAAAAUACAGGGUUUAAAUCAAAAUUAUGUCAUUUGUGUAUAUAUUCAAAGCUGUUUAAAGAUUGAAUUACCUUGUUUUUAGAGUUGAAAAAAGUCUCUAGCCAUGUAAUAAAUUUGUCAAUUAUAUUUUGGAUAAAAUUAUCUGUUGUAUCAUAUUUGAGAAUUGUUAAGACGUAUAUUAGAUUAGGUUGCAAGAGUCUGUAUUUCAUUUUAAUUUCUUUUAGAAAGAAGUCUUGCAAUUGUCGAAUGUAUUUGUCACAAUAUUCAUACCGUGUGUGUUUUAUAAACACCUGUCGUCUGACAUGUUUCCUGAGGCCCGUUGAGUUUCAACUCAACUAAAAAAAUCAAGCGCAAGUUCAUAUAUACGCGAGUUUCAUUGGUUGAAAAUAAAUUUGCGUUUGAUUUUUAGAGUAACGUUUGAUCUAAACUCUUUCUGCAAACGGGUCCCAGACCUGACAACCGUACAUGGUAUGGGGAGCAUUUCAUCAACAUUCUGGUCUGACAAGUUGUCAGAUCUGGAAAAUUUCCUCGAAUUUGAUUGGCUGAGAAGCAGUGUUUCUAUACGGUAACAGUCGGAUAAAACGUCCAAGUCCUUUCAUGAAUUAAUGCUCCCUUAAUUGACAAGGGGGGGGGGGGGGACGGGGGAUCGCCCUUAUGAUUUUUAAGUAGUGAAAAAAUAAUGAGAGAGAGAAUAGAUGAUACAGAAAAUCGAAGAAAGAAGAGGGUAGAAGUGAAAAGUAUAACGACAUAAUAGCCGUUAAAUUCAAUAUAAAAAAUAUGACAUCACCACCAGGUCGUCCUGCUCAUGUAUCAAAAUACCUUGGCUCUACCCCUGCGUAGCUAUCGGACAACUUGUCAGUAGUCACCUUUUAUGAAAUGACCUCCAGAUAACGAUGUGUAACGAUGUCAUGUUUGUGGUAUUGAAAAUGAUAUUCAUAGUUUGUUGAAUAAAAUAGAUGCAAGAAUUA